AUGGCCGAGAAGAAUGCAGCGGAGUACGCACAGUACUCUCACGAUGAGAAGAACUUAAAUCCCACCUCAGAGCCUGGGCUCGUGGAUGCGGGUGAGCGCCGCAAAUCGGUCGCUCUCAACAUUGUUGAGAAUCCGCUCAAGCGCUGUUCGCCGGAGCAGACAGUGGCAGAUGCCCAGACAUUUGCCGAGUCACACGGCAUGGCCGAGCAUGCCGCUCUGUUCGGUCGAGCCGCUCUCGUCGCCCGAGACUCAGACAAUUUUGAGGCGGUCACCCAGCUGGAUGAGGAAGAGCGUGCGGCGCUCACAUACGAGAGGGACCACAAAUGGCACGGCCCUUUCAUGCUUUGGUAUUCGAUUGCUCUGUGUGCAGUCGGAGCCGCCACGCAAGGAUGGGAUCAGACCGGAUCUAACGGGGCCAACCUGUCCUUCCCUGACGAAUUCGGUCUCAAGAGCGAAGGCAGAGACGAAUGGAUCAUCGGAAUCAUCAAUGCCAUUAUCUUCUUGACAGCCGGGCUCAUUGGUGCUUUCAUUGUCGAUCCACUCAACCAUUAUUUCGGUCGAAGAGGCGAGAUUUUCAUCACUGCUUGCUGUCUUACUGCCACCCCGAUUGGUUCCGCUUUUGCCCAAUCGUGGCAAGGACUCUUCGCCGCGCGGUUCGUCAUGGGUAUCGGCAUUGGUGCAAAGAACGCCACAGUUCCAAUCUACUCUGCCGAGAUGGCCCCAGCCCGUAUCCGUGGUGCGCUGGUCAUGUUCUGGCAACUUUGGGUCGUUGCCGGUAUUUUCUUGGGGUUCUGCGCCAAUGUCAUUGUCAAAGACACGGGUCGCCUCUCCUGGCGUCUUCAACUCGGAUCCGCCUUUAUUCCAUCUUUCAUCCUUGGUGUGGGCAUCUUCUUCUGCCCCGAGUCCCCACGCUGGCUUAUGAAGCACGGCAAACACGCUCAAGCUUUCCGGUCGAUGCUGCGCUUGCGAGCUCAUCCCAUCAUCGCCGCAAGGGACUUCUACUACUCGUGGGUGAUCUACCAGGAGGAAUUGCGGGAGGCUCGUGGCGCCGGGUAUUUCAGGCGUUUGUGGGACUGUUUCGCCAUCCCUAGAAUCCGCCGAGCAAACUAUGGUGCCUCGACUGUCAUGAUUGCCCAGCAGAUGUGCGGUAUCAACAUCAUCUCAUUCUACAGCUCAACUAUCUUUGAGGACGUCGGUUACACUCCAUCUCAGGCCUUGUAUGCAUCUCUGGGCUAUGGUGCCAUUCAAGUGGUGUCUACGAUCCCUACGUUGUUCCUCAUCGACACCAAGGGCCGCAGAACCUUGACCCUAGCCACAUUCCCUCUCAUGUGCAUCUUCUUGUUGGCCGCGGGCCUGUCUCUUCUCAAACACGACGGAAGCCGUGGCGAACAAAUCGGCCCAGUUGUCUUGUUCAUCUAUCUCUUCACUAUCUGUUACUCUCUGGGAGAAGGACCAGUCGCCUUCCAGUACUCUGCCGAGGUUUUCCCUACGAUCCAACGUGAGCAAGGAAUGGCAUGGGCCGUCUGCAUCAACAACACUUUCGCUGGUGUCCUCAGCUUGACAUUCCCUCGGAUGCGGACCGUCAUGACUCCAACUGGAGCCUUUGGUUUCUACGCUGGACUCAAUCUCAUCGCCUGGUUUAUGAUCUUCUGUUUCGUCCGAGAGACGAAGCAGCUCACUUUGGAAGAAUUGGACCAGGUCUUUUCGGUCCCGACAAAAGAAUUCAUCGGAUACGAGUUGAAAGUCUGGCUUCCCUACUUCAUCAAGCGUCACAUCUUCCGACAAAAUAUCCCUAAGCCACCGCCAAUCAUUGAGAGGGGUGACAAGAAGGAAGAUCCUCUUGUGGCUUAA